AUGGGAUGCUGCUCGGUUACUGCGCCGGAUCUGGCUCUCCGCGCCGCGACUUCGCGAUUCCUCAAGCCAGGCCCCUUUGUAGCAUUCAAGGGGCUGUUCGUGGCGUAUUUCCUAAUUUGGUGCUUCCUGUGGCCUCUGGAUUACACCAGCAUGUACUUGUUCGCCACUUACUGGGUGUGGUACACGGGAACUGCAUACUUCGCCCUCUCGUUCGCCACCGCGUGCGCGCACUUCAGACGAUGGUCCGCGGCGACACAAGCACGGGCGCCCGAUAACGGGAGUGCGGGGGGGGGGAGUGACCGGCCCGGGCCUUCGUGGAGCAACCUUACCGGGGAUGUUUCGACCCCGGCGCUGCGGACGCGGAUUCACCCCUUGGAGCAGGCAGUGUUGGCGAUUCAGCUUUUUACCUGGAACGUCGCUUGCCUUGGGUCGUUGUUCGUCGCUAUCAUAUACUGGAGCUCUCUGUACACCGGGACACCGAUCACAUCAGUGGACAUGAACGCUCACACCCUCAUUGCUUUCGUCAUGGUGGCGGACCAGAUGCUCGUGGCCACACCAUUCCGGAUCCGAGAUAUGUGGAAGGCGGAAGUAUUCGCGAUUACGUAUCUCGUCUACAGCUUGCUCUGGUACUUUCUCGAGCAAGAGUUGAUCUACGUCAUCCUCGACUGGGACCGGCACUUUUGGGAGGCCUUCUCGUACUCGGUGGCAGGGAUCUUUGUUUUGAUACCGGCGACAAGCGUCCUUCACUAUUACAUUUUCAGGUUGAGGGAGUCCAUCUAUGCCACUUGCAGGCAGAGGGCGGAAGCGUCAUCCGGCGUGCUGAACGACCGCCUUCUUAGCGCGGAGGACGGAGGAAGCAGCACACAGUCGGAGUCGGUAACGUCUCACGUGCCACAGACGGGUACCGACCUUGCCGCUAUCGAGACCGUCUGAUGGGACCGGGCAAGUUCCUGCUCCUCCUUUUUAUGGGGGUGAUUCGGUGGGCUCGUUUUUGUCGUGGCAUGGGGUAAACCAGUAGACGCUUUUCCCAGACAUGAAGAUCUGUUUGGUUAUCGUCGUCGUGGAGGCGUUGGCUACGACGCGCUCUCGCGUGUGCUGCCGGGCUGGAUCGAUCGCUUUGUGUGGAAAAGAGUUAUCCGAGGACGUCGCUAACGGAAAAUGUAUUAGUUUUUGGCGAGGCAGUGGUGCAGCGUUUUCUAGGGUGCAGUUUGUGGAAGCCCGACCAUCUUAUCGCAGCGGGCGCCGACAUAUUUUCGGGUGUGGCGAAUUUUGGCAGGUAUGAGCUUGUAGUAAAUGCUCCUUGCUGCUUAAUCCGUUGGCACGAUGUGCGAACACUGUAUUUGUUAGUAUAAUAGUGCAAAUUUUAUUAGACUAGAGUAGCACCGUUGCAGACAAUCCACUACGGGUACUGCUGCACGGUGCAGAAGAUGGAGAUCAGCGGAACCAGAGUACAAAGAGAGGCGGACCGAUGAUUCGGUACUACUGCGAUCCAUGGCUCUCCUCUUGGAUGUUUUCCAUGCAUGGUGUCGAGAGAGCCGCUGCCCCUCGGCUCCUGAAUGAAGUGUGACGAAGACACAUUAGUACAUCAUGGCAGCCUUGAGUUUACCCCUUUUUUCCAUGAUGAGACAUACUUUGGCGCGUGUGCACGAGUUUUGGCCGCGCAGUGCCCUCCCGCAAUGCUGCCUGUGGUUUCCUUAUAGUUGACACGGGCGAGGUCUGAGGGUGAUGUGGUGGAAAGAAAUGACGGUUCGUGAAACGGUUCGGUCUGUGUCGAAGUUAGUGUUCAUUUUGCGUUCUGUUUGUUGGUUGGUAUGCGUGCACCUCGUAAAAAUGCGGCCACAGAGCGAGAGUGAGCCGCAAGAGCAAUAUGCUGGCCAAAGUCACCAGUCUUGCUUCUCGUUGUACGCUGUGUAUCUUCGCCGAUUGUCGGCCGGCAAUCUUCCAAGAUAGGUCGUUCGCGGCGCGUCUGCACGAAGUAGCUCUCUGUUGCUUCAAGGUUCGCCUGGGCCUUGUUUCGGUUUGGAAGACAAACAAGUGCUCUUCGCUUGUAUGCUUGUUGUAUUGCUGUAUGAUGCUGUGCAUAUUCAUAUGUGCUGCUGUAUGGAUCUUGCGUUUCAAUACCAAGCACCAGUGGUCAUGGCGGUAUAUGUGCAUGUUGUGCCUAUAAUAGCUUUGUAGUCUUGCACACGCACAGAGAUACUGGUAGU